AAGCCUGCCUCACUCGCCCUGGAACAAUGGGAGACAUGGCAGCCUCUGCCGACAGCACAGACCUCCAGCCCACAUGCCCAAGGGCAGGCCUGCUGUAGCCGCAGCGCAGAGGAAACCGGCUUCCUCGCCACGCUCGCAAAGUGACGACACUCAACACGGGGGGGGAAGCGUCUCUCCGCUGCAGCCGGAAAGCAAAAAUGUAAGGUUGUGGUCCCAUUUUUUUUCUUCUUCUGUGGUGCCUUCAUUCUGCUGGGAGGAGAUCUGACGUUCCCUGGAUGACUGAGGAGAAGAAGAAGGAGGAAGCUCUGCAGUGUUGAUGCUGGGAGGCAGAGGAGCCUGACGGAGGACCCACUUCUCCAGGAGAAACAAAGGGAGAUCCCAACCCCCAGAUGAGAACAAUGUCUGAUGAGACGGAACAGAGAACGUGUGACGUGGACUAUGGGUCGGACGAGGAGGGCGAGGAGGCAGACGUGGAGUCUUACCUGGAGGACAACAGCAGCGAGCUCGUGGACCGGCUGAGGGAGCUGGAGGCAGAGAAUUCCGCUCUGGUUUUGGCCAAUGAGAGUCAGAGAGAAGCUUACGAGAGAUGUUUGGACGAGGUGGCUAACCACGUGGUGCAGGCUCUCCUCAAUCAGAAGGAUCUGAGAGAGGAGUGCAUCAAGCUGAAAAUGCUGGUGUUCGAUCUGGAGAGACAGAACCGGGCGCUCUGUGAGCUCUUUCAGCAGAAGCUGCCCAACCACCCCACUGCCCACUACCAGGUCCAGGCGGGACCCCUCCCAGACUACAAUGCACAGCAGCACAAUGAGUCGGCCAAGCAGGUGGAGCCUUCACAGACCGAAGCACAGGCCAAGGGAAACGGCUACUGCACGCAGCACGUCUCUCCGGGCCCCCGCGCUCCCGCCGCCUCCAUGGAGGCCCUGUCUCCCUUCUUCAAGAAGAAAGCACACAUCCUGGAGGUCCUGCGCAAGAUGGAGGAGACGGACCCUCUCAAGUUCCACCCGUCCACCGCCAGCCUGUCUUUCUGCGACUACAGCCAGGUGUUGAUGUCAACAGAGGCGGUGCUGGCAACGGCGGACCCCCUCCCCCGGCAGUGCAAAUCCCACCUCACGCAUUGCCGCUGCUCCUGCUCCGAGGCCGACACACACCAGCAUUUCAACGGCGACGGGGCGGUCAAGUGCGACGGGGGAAACGCCUGGUGCCUGCACUGCAAACGGAGCCCAGACAGCCCCCCAAAGCCGUGCGGCCAUGUCUGUAGUCCUUCAAAAGCCAGCCCGAGCCACGCGGUUCCUGCAGCUGCUCUGGGUGAAUGUCACGGUAAGACCAGAGCGCCGGAGUCUGUAGCCCCCUCCAAAUCAUGCACUGCUAAUGAAGCCCACCAGCCGCCUGCAGCCUCCGCCUCGGAACCGCUCCGCCACAAUAAAGAGGUGGGAAAGCCAAAGCAGGAUCUGUCAGAGACCUGUCCGGAAGUCUCUGAGGAGCUCCCUGGUCUCUCUGCCUCCUCCCAAACUCCUGGUUCUGGGAAUGAGAGCGUGCAAGCAACCCACUGUGACCCGGGAACCAGCGACGGAAUUCACAACGGCACCGAAACCAGUGACCCCUCCGCCCUCUCUGAGAAAGACGGCACAGAAACGGAGGCCUGCUCUGCCAGAGCCUCCGCCUCCGUCAGCCCAAGCCCCUCCUGCCUCAGUGACGUCAAGGCGGCCGCCAUCAACUCGCCGUCCAAGCUGCUCAAGUUCCUCAAGAUUCCCUCCAUCGGGGAGAAGUCUCAGGCUCCGCCCGCGGCCGUCCGCCUGAGCCCCCAACUCACUCGCAACUCCCGCAUCCCCUGUCGAACCAACAACUACGAGGUCUACCACUCCCCAGUCCCCACGCGCAAAGCCACGACCACGGAGAGAUGCAGGCAGCCCCCUCCCCCGCCAGCCCGGUCCGAGUCCUAUCCCGCCACGCACUCUGCUCCGACCUCGCCGCCGCAGUCCGAAGAAGCCUGCUCCCUCCCUGCUAAAGAAAUAAGCUACAGCAGCUUCUCUGCUCCUAAAGGCAAAGCCUCCUGCUCGCCAAAAGUUCCUCAAAAAGUCCCUCACUACGAGAACGUCUGUGAGAUGGACACGGGCCAGGCCCACAGCAAAAGAACCACACUUCCCGCUCAGGCAAAGCCCAAUGGCGCCGAGAGGAAGCUGGUCAAGUCCUUACCAGAAAGUGUCAUGCACCCUUCUCCUCAGCGAAAGCAGUCGUCCUCCUCCACGUCUGAGUCCACGUCGGAUGAGGACGAGGAUUCUGACAGCCCGGUCUGGGUCAACCACCACAGUCUGCCCCCCUCCUCCGUCCUCGGCAAAGCUCAGAACAGAGUCAACUAUCCUCGGAUGAGAGAGAAGCAGGAGGCGGACAUGAGGGACUCCGGCGCUCCGAGCUCAGAGCUGGCCCAGCCUCCUCCUCCUCCCUCCAGAAGGAGCGAGUGCUCCUCCAUUCCUAAGAGGCCUGCAGGCGGCGCGGCACGGGGUCAGACCGACUCCAGCCACCACGCCUUCAAGGACAGGCUGGCUGCUCUGGGGAAGCUAAGGAGCUCUGAGGAUUUACAGGGCGGAGUCAGGUCAGCGGACAUGAUCGAGGGCACGUGUGGCGAGGAACGGAGCAAGGCGGUGGAGCGGCCCGCCGAGGUCCACAAGGACGAGCAGAGACUUUCCAAAUAUGCAGACUCCUUGGACGGAAAGCCUAAAGUUAGCGCUGGCUUGAAGUAUCCAGCUCCGUCACAGCUGUACGAACAGGCGGGAAAGCCGCCGUCCUCCGGUCUGGCUAAGCAGGAGGCGUGUCCAACCAAGCCAGAAGUCUCCAGGAGCAAAAUCGGUCUGCUGUCGCCCAACGCAGACGCUCCACAGGUACUGCGCAACAACAUCAAGUGUCCCGGCUCCCUCAAUUUGCCUUAUAAUGUUAAACCUGGCGUGAGCACGCACAGCAGCAACAGCCCCAACAAAAUCCCCCAGAAGUCUCCGUCCAAGCCGACUCCGGCCCCCUCCGCCCACAGAGGAGGGAAACCCUCCGAGUCUCCACGGUACUCCUCCAAAUCCGAGGAGAGGAUCAAGAUCGGAGGGAGAGGGAAGAAGAACCCGAUGUACGGAGACAGCCUCCCUCCUCCUCCUCCAAGACCCCCUCAGUCCGAGGGGGAGAAGUCCCCUCAGCCGGCGCCCAGCCUUCAGUCGGCCAUAGAGCAGAAGGUGAUGAAGGGCAUCGAGGAGAACGUGCUGAAGCUCCAGGAGCAGGACAGAGGAGGCCAGGGGACGGAGGUCAAGCAGAAAACCUCCAACGGCAUCGCCAGCUGGUUCGGCCUGAAGAAGAGCAAGCUGCCCGCACUCAGCCGCAAGGCCGACGCCGCCAAAGCCAAGGACGAGAAGAAGGAGUGGAAGAUCAACAUCCCCUCGGUGGGCCGAGACUCUGUGAAAGUGACGUCCAGGUGUAAAGAGGGCGUGGAGGGUCUGAACAUCUCCACCCUGAUGGAGAAGGCUGAAGGCCUGAGGCGCGCCCUGGAGGAGGAGAGGGCCUAUGUGGAGAGGUCGGGCAGGGGCCACUCCUGCGAGGUGGUGAUGGACCAGGCUCAGGGACAGCUGGCGGUCAUGUACAGGGGGGGCCGCUCCGACAACUUCAUGCAGCAGCUGCUGAACAGGGUGGACGGGAAGGAGGUGAUCAGCAUGCCGCAGCGCCGCCUCUCCUUCGACUGUAAGACCUCCAAACCCGUCUUCACCCAGCAGAGCGACGUCAUCAGUCACACCAGCAGCCACGACGACAUGGAGAAGGGAUCAGAGAGAAUCGGCAAGCUCACAUCAGACGAGAACCUGGCGGAUUCAGUUCACUCUCAGCACUUUGCAGGCUCCGGUGCUUCCACGUACACCCUGGACAGCGGCAUCGGCACCUUCCCCCUCCCAGACUGCAGCAGCAGCGGAACGGGGAGGGGCCUGUCCAAGACGAGAGGCGGGGCCGAGCAUCACUCCACCGACUCCCCGGGACGGGCCGGACGGCGAGCCCGCACCCUGGACCGAGAGCCCACGCCGCAGGAGGAGGGCUUCCUGCCACACAAGCAGCUGAUUCCCACCAUUCAGUACGGCUCGGCGCUGGAGGGGCGGGGCUCGGCCGGCGGCGUCCGUGAAGAUGUCCACGGAGCAAAUGUGUUCUCUCCUCGCUCCAAGACUUGGACCUUCCCCAGCUUGAAGACUCCGUCAGGACAUGGAGAGGUUUACCUGGCAGUGGAGGAGGAAGAGGAGGAGCCGGUGUCCUACGGGUCGCCGUAUCGAGGGAGCGUGAAGGCUGGCGCUCCGUCCUCCAGUCGAGUGGUGGACCCGGGCAGCCUGUCCAUCCCUGCCCAAUCGGGGGGGAGCCGCAGAGGAAAGACCCGCACCCCCAGCGUCCCCGAGAUGAACCGGGAGGCAGGCCUGGAGCUGCUCAGGGAGCGACCGGAGGAGGCGCUGUCUCCCAGCCGCCCUCAGGUGCUGGAGACGCCGGAGUCCCUGAGCGAUUCUUUGUACGACAGCCUGUCUUCAUGCGGCAGCCAAGGGUGAUGCAGCCCGGAGCGGGUCGGCUCUCCGAAAACGUGCUGGAAAAACGCCUGGAGAACGUUGCAACUGGAAAGACGGAUUGAUCUCCUCUUCUCAGGAUUUCCAACAAGAAGCCAAAAGCCACCAAAUAAAAUAGGUUCUACACUUUUUCACAGACGUUGGACCCUUGAAUUCAUGUAGACUUUCAAAACGCAUGGCCAAGUUAUCGAUCAGCACAAGAGGUCGACGCUCACGCUCGUGCUCAGAACUGUUUUUGGUUUUCUCUUUCUGGUAGGAAAAUCUUCGUUCGUGCAUCAAGGAAGCUGUGACCAGUAAAGUAGAUGAAGUGCUGUUCUGCAUCCAUACCUCCAUUCCUUUCUGGUAUCAUUUCACCAUUAUUGUAAUGUACUGGAGAAAAAAAAGAGGCUCUAGAUAUAAAAACAACCGUUCAUGUCUGUGAUUCUUCAUUAACCUCAUGCAUCACAAUGUUCAAUGUAAAAUAAUUUUGACGAUUGAGCUCAGACAGUUUCUGAAUGCAUCUAAAAAGGUAAUAUAUGCCAGCAAUAAUAACAUAGAAGAAAGAAAUGUCUACGCUGAUUGAUAUGUAUUUCUAUUAUUUAUUUAUUUUAAAUGUAUACCAUCGUUUGCCAUCGUUUGGUUUUGGUUCAUCUCUUCUGUGGAAACUGCAGUUCAGUAAAGUUCAUAUCUCGGCCAUUCUUUUGUUAGCAGAUAGAGAACUGAUGUACGUACUGCCGUUUUUUCAACUUUCUAAUUAAAAUGUUUUGAUUUAAA